AAUCCGCCUGCCCAGUUCUUCUCACCCAUCCCACCACCCAUCAGCGCCUGCUGCUCAAGACACACCGCAUCACAGCGAUCCGCAUUAAAUUCGCAACGAAAAAAAAAAUAGUGAAAAACACACAAGUUCAUUGAUUCUCGAGGCCUGCCUCGAUGUGUGUGAGCUUUGUUCCUUUCUGCUGCAGUGAUUUAGGACCUGAAUAAGGUUUUUGUCGAUUUGAGAAUAGUGUUUGAUGUGAAUCAAGUGGCUUCCGGAUUUCGAAAAAAUCUUAUCACGAUUUCAGCUGUUAUCAGCGAUUGCACUGCAUCGAAAGGCCAAACUAGAUCGUAACCCAGUUCGUCACACAGCACAAAUUCGAGGUGCUUUUUAGGGAAGGGAAAAUUGAUUUACUAAACUGGAUAGAUAAGAAGCGGGUUUAGUCAUCGAGCGAGUUUAGUUCAGAGCGGUUCUGUCUUCCGAACAUAAUGUUGGAUUCAAUUAAAAAAUCAAUUUCUUCCCUGUAUUUGCUCUACGAGCUAAACACCUGCAUUUACAUGCUGGAUCCGUGGGAGAAAAAGUUCAUUAAUGGAGUGAUACUCGGCAUUCUAGCCCUCCUAGGAUUCUCCAGCUAUGUGUACCUGCCCGGUUACACCCGGAAGCUGAUCAACGCGUUCUUGCCCGCAACCGGAAGUGAGCACCAUCUGCACUUGGAGCAGCUCCAGAGUUCGGGCCAGAUGGACUUUGGAGUAAACUGAUGGAAGCAGCGUGGAACAACAAGCACAAAAAAACAAAUUUACAAUAAUUACAUACGACCUAUUGAUAAACUAGUGAGAAUAGAUUUAUAGACAAUGACGAAUAAGAGCUUCAAGCUUUCAUCACUUUAAAGUUAGCGUUACUUUUUUAAUCUUUCAAACUAUUUCAUAAAUCUUUCUACAAUUUAAAUACUGUUUGAAACUAACAACUUUUAUAAGAUUCACCUUUCUCUACACUAAACAUGAUAGAAAUCAAUUGCAAAGACAGGUUUGUUACAUGCCAAAAUUGUAGCUUCCUCAGACAGGUUUAGGUUUACCAAAAAUGAAAUCAUACAUAAGCUCUAAAAACACUGUACUAUUCUUACAAUUCAAUCUGCUUAUCUUUGUAUCAAACAAAAUCUUUUGAAGUUUCUUAAAUCAACUCAGCAAUCUGUUAGAUAAAAUGAAUAAAUGAUUUUACAACAAUAACUUAAA